ACGCAGUUACUUUAGGAAACCUGCCUUGUUACUACUGCAAAAUUUUGUAUAGUAAUAAUUGCUUCGCGAAAAAAAAUCUGAAAUUUUUGUUGGUGUAAUCUUUUUUGCUUAAUGACUGUUUGAUUGUUUUAAAACUCCAAUCUUAUAUUUUAUUUGAAUUGAUUGAUACAUGGCAUCACUAUCGUGUAUUUCCCGCCAUACAUAGAGUUAAAUGUUGCUUUCGUUGCGAUUUGUUUUUUUUAAACUUAUGAAUGAUUUAGUGAAAGAAAUUUAUCAGCAUGUAUAUUAAGCAGAUUGUUAUUCAAGGCUUUAGAAGUUAUCGAGAACAAACUGUUGUGGAGCCGUUCAGCCCUCGUCACAAUGUGAUAGUUGGACGAAACGGUUCUGGGAAAAGCAAUUUCUUUUAUGCAAUCCAGUUUGUGUUGAGUGAUGAAUUUUCACAUUUACGCCCAGAACAGCGACAGGCUUUACUUCAUGAAGGGACUGGACCACGUGUGCUCAAUGCAUACGUGGAAAUCAUUUUUGACAAUUCGGAUAACAGAUUGCCUAUUGAUAAAGACGAAGUUUCUCUGAGAAGAGUGAUAGGCUCUAAAAAAGACCAGUACUACUUAAACAAGAAGAUGGUUACGAGAACAGAUGUUAUGAAUCUUUUGGAAAGUGCUGGUUUCUCCAGAAGUAAUCCGUACUAUAUUGUGAAGCAAGGAAAGAUAAACCAAAUGGCUACAGCUCCAGAUUCCCAACGUUUAAAAUUAUUGCGAGAAGUUGCAGGUACACGCGUUUAUGAUGAAAGGAGAGAAGAAAGUAAGGGUAUUUUGAAAGAUACUGUUGGCAGAACAGAAAAAAUAGAGGAUUUGCUAAAAUAUAUUGAAGAAAGGUUAAAAACUUUGGAAGAAGAAAAGGAAGAAUUGAAGGAGUAUCAAAAGUGGGACAAAAUGCGCAGAUCAUUGGAAUAUACCAUUUAUGAUCACGAAUUAAAAGACGCCCGUAAAAAGUUAGAGGAACUUGAUACAAGGAAAGAAACUAGCAGUUCUGUGACUGAGAAACUUCGAGAACAAGCCCAACAAGCUACUGACCAAAUAAAGAAACUCAGUAAAGAACUGCGAGAAGUUAAAGGCAAACUUCAGUCCUAUAGAGAAGAAAAAGAAGCCUUAUCUCAGGAACAGUCUUCCUUGUUCAAGGAAAAGACUCGUCUAGAGUUGACUAUUAAAGAUCUCCGAGAUGAAGUUGAAGGUGAUGAUAGUUCGCGGAAAAGAGCUGAAAGAGAAUUGGAGCGACUCAAAGAGACUAUUUCUGUAAAGUUAACUCAACUUGAAGAUAUUCGUCCUCGUUAUGAGGCUCAAAAGAAGAGAGAAGAGGAAUGCACUCGAGAGUUGAGUCUAAAGGAACAAAAGAGAACAGAACUAUAUGCUAAACAAGGCAGAGGGAGCCAAUUUACAUCAAAAGCAGAAAGAGAUAAAUGGAUUCAAAAGGAGUUAAAAUCUUUACAAAAAGCUAUUCGAGAUAAAAGAGAACAGAUUGAACGGCUACAGGAAGAUUUCACUAAAGAUGGUGAGAAAAAGAAAAUGCUUGAAGUUAAAAUCGAAGAGCGUACUAAAGAAUUAGAAAAUCAUCGUGAGAGUAUUGAUAACCAAAAUAAAAAUUUUUAUGAAAUGAAAAAGAAGAAAGAUGCUCUCCAAAGUGAAAGAAACGAGUUGUGGAGACAAGAAAAUGCAAUGCAACAAAAUUUGGCAAUGCUUAAAGAAGAAUUAUCAAAGAAAGAUCAAGCUCUGAGAUCUAUGACUGGAAAAGCUACUUUGAAUGGACGUGAUAGUGUAAAGAAGGUCCUCCAAACAUUCCGAGAAAAAGGAGGAAGUUCCGAGCAAAUUGCCAAUUCAUAUUAUGGAAUGUUAAUUGAGAAUUUUGAUUGUGAUAAAACUAUUUACACUGCUGUUGAGGUUACUUCUGGAAAUAAGUUAUUUUAUCACAUUGUUGAAAAUGAUAAAAUUGGUACCAAAAUUUUGCAAGAAAUGAAUCGACAGCAACUUCCUGGUGAAGUUACUUUCAUGCCUUUAAACAGGUUAAUGUAUAAAGAAGUGCAAUAUCCCAACACAAAUGAUGCAAUUCCAAUGAUAAGCAAACUAAACUAUGAACCAAAGCAUGAGAGGGCCAUGAAGUAUAUUUUUGGAAAAACACUUAUCUGUCGUAGCUUAGAAGUUGCUACUCAGAUAGCUCGAACAUCUAAUCUGGAUUGUAUCACUCUUGAAGGUGAUCAAGUAUCCCACAAAGGUGCUUUGACAGGUGGUUAUUUUGACACUAGGAAAUCGAGGUUGGAUUUACAUAAGGCCCACAUGCAGCUAGUGACAGAAAAGAUGUGUUUGAUAAGCUAAAAGCUGACAUUCGUCUUAUGAAGGAAGAAGUAGCAGCUCUUGAAAGAUCACAUCAUCCAAAAGAAAGAAGUUUAGCAAGCCUUGAUUCUAGUCUCAAAUCGAUGCAAUCCACUGAACAGUCUCUGCGCAGUGAGCUUCAGCAGGAUUUAUUAAAUCAACUCUCUGUUACAGAUCAGCAGGAAGUUGAUCGAUUAAAUGAUGAUAUUCGUAAGCUCACUCAAGAGAACAAAGAAGCCUUCAGUGAAAGAAUGAGGCUGGAAGCCGAAAAAAAUAAGCUUGAGAAUCUUCUAAAUAAUAACUUGUACAGAAGAAAAGAAGAAUUAGAAGCUGCUCUUCAAGAAAUUUCAGUAGAAGAUAGAAGGAGAAAGCUGGACAACAGUAAUGCUGAAUUGGCUGCUAUUAACAACAGAAUAAAUGAUGUGAAUAAAAGUGUCAAAGAACUUGAGCAAAAAUUUGAAAAAUUUAAUCAAGAACAGAAAAACACGCAGAAAGAAUUAGAACAUUGGAAAGCACAAGAACGCGACUUCCAAGAAAGAAUUAAUGAAGAUGCAAAAGAUUUGGAGAAAAUGACUAGUAAACAGUCAUUACUUCUUAAGAAGAAAGAUGAAUUCACCCGAAAAAUCCGAGAACUUGGCUCAUUACCAUCAGAUGCAUUUGAAAAAUAUCAAAAUCUUAGCUAUAAGCAGUUAUACAAGAAAUUAGAACAGUGUAAUCACGAGCUCAAGAAAUACAGCCAUGUGAACAAAAAGGCUUUAGAUCAGUUUAUAAGUUUUUCUGAACAGAAGGAAAAGCUAGUGAAUCGAAAAGCAGAACUUGAUCGCGGUUAUAAUUCUAUCAUGGAACUGAUGAAUGCAUUAGAACAACGUAAAUAUGAAGCCAUACAGUUGACUUUCAAGCAAGUAUCAAAAUAUUUCAGUGAAGUAUUCAAGAAGCUAGUUCCUCAAGGUCAUGCUACUCUUGUUAUGAAAACAGACAAUGAUGAGACUGGCUCGCAAGGCGCCAAAGCUCAGUCUGUUGAACAGUUUGUAGGAGUUGGAAUUAGGGUCUCAUUUACUGGGAAAUCGGGUGAAAUGAAAGAGAUGCAACAGUUAUCUGGUGGACAAAAGUCAUUGGUAGCUCUUGCCUUGAUAUUUGCUAUUCAAAAAUGUGAUCCUGCACCGUUUUAUCUUUUUGAUGAAAUUGACCAGGCUCUUGACUCACAGCAUCGUAAGGCUGUUUCAGACAUGAUUCAUGAACUUUCUCAAGAUGCACAGUUCAUUACAACUACUUUCCGGCCAGAGCUUUUAGAGAAGGCAGAUAAAUUUUAUGGUGUAAAAUUCAGGAAUAAGGUGAGCCACAUUGAAGCUGUCUCUCAAGAAGAGGCAAGAGACUUUGUUGAAGAUGAUACUCCUCAUAGUUGAAAAGAAAAACGUUCCCCUCACCUUAUUCAAUUCUCAUGUGUUCUAAUAUCGACUGAAGGUACAAAGUGUAAAAUAGAAGUGGGUGCCCGGUGCUUUGAGUACUGGGUGGGAACAUGAUGUGUAGGUCAGAGACUAAGUAGGUUUCGCAUUUGCAAUGUCAUUUGGAGCUUCAUAUCAGCAUUUUGUACAUGUCUCUUCUCAUUUAUUCAUUUUUAUGGCUUCACUUUAUAAAAAAAAAAGAUGAAAAAAAUGAAAAAAAAAAAUCAUUUAAUUUUCAAGUUAUAUCUUCACAAAGAGUUGUUUUUGAUAUUUUAAUAGUGUAUUAUGUCAUUUGUUGGAGAGUAUAUAGUUGCUGCUACUUUAUGGACAUUAGCAAUGUUUAUGUGUACUUUUUUUAUGAUGUCAUCAUUGUAAAGAGUACAACAAAAAAUUUUAUUCUGGCGAGGAAAAAAAAUGUGUAUGCGUUUUCCCGAAUUGUUACCUGAAAAUAAAAAAUAAAAAAAGCACUGUGAUUUCAAAAACAAAAAGAAGAGAAAAAAAAUUCCAUUCUAUUUUGCAAAAUGACGAAGACAAGAAAUAACGAUGCCAGAGACUUUAAAAAGUUGUGCAUUUUUCUAGAUAACAGGUUGGUAUUAGAGAUGUUAUUUUGAGUACUGUUUCAAUAAUAGAUUGUACAUAUUUUUAUUUAAUAACUAUCUCUUAUAUAGCUUUGCUGUUUCUUGAAUCUGAGGUGUGAAAAUUAUCAUUCUUAUGUGACUGUUUAGCAUAUUAUAUAUAUUUUAUUUAAAGCAUAAUUCACAUUUACUCAUUUGUAUGGUUUGUGGUGGAUUCAGUCUUGUUAUGAAAUUUUAUUUUGUAAUAUAUUUCUUAGAGGUUUUUAUUCUUAGUGUCAACUUAAUUUAUUCCUACUUUUAUCAAUAGAAACACUUUGUGUAUAGUUUAAAUACUUAUUUUAAUUAUAAAAUUUUAUUCUAUAUAUUUCAAAACCAUAUCAAAGGUUAUUACAAGCUAUUUGAAAGAUAGUGCAAAUGCUCCACUUUGAUUGACACGAGAAGUUAUUUGCUGAAGAUAUUUUCUUAUAAAUUCUUAAAAUUUUAUCUUAUAGUGUUAAGAAUUUUUAAUUUAGCUAUAGGUUUGUAAAAUACUAACUAAGUAGCUUCUACUUAAAUUAAUUUUUAAUUCUAUGCUGUUCUGGCAUAAUAUUUUCUAUACUUGCUGUUGAGUGCGGAGAAAUUUUCUUGUUUUUUGAAAACUGAAUUGGGUGAUAUCCAUUGCGAAUUCAUACUAUGUAGCAUAGUCAUUACACAUUAAAAAAUAAAUGUGUAAAAAGAUCAUCUCAGAUUCUUGUGAAUAUAUUUUUAAAUCUCAUUUGUUUUCAUGCCAACCUUCAUUUCUUUUUCCUCUUUUUUUUUAAUUUAUAGUUGGAAUAUAUGUCUGAAAUUUUUGUAUCCUAAACUCUGCCUCUCCUGUACUGGUUACAAUUUUAUGAUUGUUCCUUGUUAAAUUUACAAGACACUUUUUAUCUGAAUCAAAUUGUAGCUCUGUGCAAAAGAGGAAUAAAUUUUUGACAAAAUGUUUGUAAAAGUUAA